AUGACACAAGAAAAUUUCGAUUUCAAAUUUAGUCAGUGUUUUGGUGACAAGGCGGACAUCGUCGUCACAGAGGCCGAUAUAAUCACAGCAGUUGAGUUUGAUCGCCGUGGGGACUAUUUGGCAACCGGUGAUCGGGGUGGUCGAGUUGUUUUGUUCGAAAGAAAUAAUAGUAAACAUUGUGAAUACAAAUUUUUAACAGAGUUUCAAAGUCAUGAUGCAGAAUUCGAUUAUUUGAAAUCAUUGGAGAUUGAAGAAAAGAUUAAUCAGAUAAAAUGGUUACGACCAACUCAAAAAUCUCACUUUUUGCUUAGUACGAAUGAUAAGACUAUUAAACUUUGGAAAAUUUAUGAAAAGAACGUCAAGCUCGUUAGUGAAAAUAAUUUAUCUGAAGGUCUAGCAAUGAAGAAAAAUUAUGGCCCAAACAAUGGGAAUGGAUCUGCUAAAGCAGUACUUACUUUACAAAAUUUGAGGUUACCUAAACUAUCACAACAUGACAAGAUCAUAGCGGCUGCGCCCAAAAGGACUUUCAGUAAUGCACACACAUAUCAUAUCAAUUCGAUAUCUGUUAGCUCGGAUCAGGAGACGUUCAUCAGUGCAGACGAUUUAAGGGUUAACCUUUGGAACCUGGAUAUACCUGAUCAAAGUUUUAACAUUGUUGAUAUUAAACCUGCUAAUAUGGAAGAAUUGACUGAAGUGAUCACUAGUGCGGAGUUUCACCCUGAACAUUGUAACCUUUUCAUGUAUUCAUCUUCAAAGGGUACCAUAAAACUUUGUGAUAUGCGACAAAAUGCACUGUGUGAUUAUAAGACAAAAACUUUUGAAGAGUUCCUUGAUCCCGUCAAUCAUAAUUUUUUCACAGAGAUCACUUCUUCUAUAUCAGAUGUUAAGUUUAGUCCCAAUGGUCGUUACAUUGCGUCUAGGGAUUAUCUGACUGUCAAGAUCUGGGAUGUCAAUAUGAAUAAGAAACCUUUAAAAACGAUAAACAUCCAUGACCAAUUGAAGGAAAGAUUAAGUGAUACUUAUGAGAAUGAUGCAAUCUUUGAUAAAUUCGAAGUCUGCUUUAGUGGUGAUAGUUCAAGUGUAAUGACUGGUUCUUACAAUAACAAUUUUAUGAUCUAUCCCAAUGUAAUCAAUACAGGUGAUGAUGCCACUGGUGUUGUCAAAAACUUCAACGAAACAAGCCAAUCGAUCAACUUCAACAGCGAUAAAACUUCCACCAAGGAUAAACCGCUGAAAGCUUCAAGCAGCAAUAAUAAAGGUAAUAAUGAUAAUGAAUUGAGAAACGCUUCGGGAGAUAGAAAGGGGAGCAGAAGCAGAAGCAGCAAUGCUAGCCGGAACAGUGGUGAAGAUAAUGGCGCUAAUAUCAAUGAAAUUGUACUGCAGGCUGAUAAGACAGCUUUCAAGAGCAAGAGAUUCGGUUCAUUGGCCCAAAGAUCGGCGAGAAAUAAGGACUGGGGUGAUGAUAUCGAUUUCAAGAAGAGCAUCUUACAUUUCUCAUGGCAUCCAAGAGAAAAUAGCAUUGCAGUGGCUGCCACUAACAAUCUUUUCAUAUUUUCUGCAUUGUAA